AAUAAUAAUAUAAAUAUUAAUGUAUAUAAUAAUAAUAAUAAUAAUAAUAAUAAUAAUAAUAAUAAUAAUAAUAAUAAUAUAAACAAUAAUAAUAUUAAUAAUAAUGAAAAUAAUUUUAAAAAAUCAAUUUUAGAAAAAUUCGAACAAAGAUCACCAUGUAUUAUAGGUGUAAUUGGUGAUUCCUCAAAGGGAAAAUCAUUAUUUUUAAAUAAAAUGGCUGAAAAAGCAGUGUUUCAUGAUAUUAAAAUAAAUUUUAAUAAACAUACUCCAGAUGAAACAGUAAAGUUAGAAAUUUAUAAUGAUGUUGAAAAAGAUAAUGUAUAUAUAAAUUUAAAUUCUUUUCAAGAUACCCAAUUAUUUACCGAUCUAUGGAAUUCAAUUGAAAAUAUGACACCGUUAGAAAUUGAAAAGUGGUUAGAGGAUGGUGAUUUUAUUUAUUUAAAAUCAUUAUUAUUUAUGUUUCAUAUCUGUAAUAUAAUAUUUUUGGUGUUUGAAAAUUUAACAAUUAAACUAGAAUAUUUUAAAAUUUUCAAAAUUUUAAAACAUGUUAAACAAGCUAUAGCACCUUCAAUUAACAAUCUAUUAAUUAAUAAAUUAAAUUUACCCCAACCAUUUACUUUUAUCACACCAGGCAAAUCAAUACCAAUACUUCAAAUAUUUUUAUUAAAAGAUUUAAAUGAAAACUAUCAAAGAGAUAGCCACUUAAAGUUAGAAGAGUCACUAAAGAAACAGGUUUUAUUAAUAUUAAAAAAUUUUAAUUUGUUUACAAGUGUAACAAAUUAUUUAAAUAAAAAAGAUUUUCCAGCACAACCACCACAAUCACAACAACAACAACAACAACAACAACCUAUACCAUUGUUUUUAAUUGAAUUAAAUAGACCAUUGGUUAGAUUAUUAAGACUCUACCAGAUUUCAAGUAAUACAAUCCAAACACUUUUUAAUCAGGAUUUAAAUACAUUGGCAUUUCCUAAGCAAUAUAGGUACUAUUCACAGUUGGUGUCAACAUAUGAAUCAAAUUAUUUUAAUAUUCCAUUAGCAUGUAUUAAUAGUUUUAGAAAUGUUUUAUUAAAUUCAAAAUUAAAAUUAAUGGAAUAUUCUCAAUGGGAGUUUAUAGUUUCACAUCUUUCAAGUUUAUUUGAUUCUUUAUCAACUAAUAGUAAUAACAAUAAUAGCAACAACAACCACAACAAUAACAGCAAUAAUAAAAUAUCACCAGGCUCUUCAUCAUCACCAAAACAAGAUUUAAAUAUUUUAAAAAAAUUUAUUGAAACUGAUUUAAUAUUUUCUAAAAAAUUAUGUAUAAAAAAUAAUAAGAUAUCUUUAGAUCAAUAUCAAGAAAAUUUACCAGUUUCAUAUGGAUUGAAAAUACACCAAAGCAGAUUAGCAAAAGCAAUUAAAAUUAUUUGUUUCAAUGCAUCUGGACCAUCUUUAGAGUUUAGUGUAGAUUUUUUGAAAAUGGAGUGUGAUCAAAUUUGGAAAAGAGGAAAAAGAUUAUGUGAAGAAGAGAGUUUAUCUGGAAAAAUUUGUAAUUUAAAAACUCAUAAUGUUCCACCAUUAAUAAAUAGUUGUAUGCCGCCACCUAAACCAAUAGUAUUAUCACCCAUUCCAAAUCAGCUUAAAUUAUUAUCAAAAGAAAUGAAUAUUUCACCAAACUUACCAUCAUCAUCAUCAACUGGUAUUGGCUCGCCUCUAUCGAUUUCAUCUUCAGUUAUUGAAACUAGACUACAUUCAUCUGGCUAUAGAACUAGGGCAACAUGUAAUUGUGGUAGAACAACUUCAUUGCGUGAGGAUAUAUUUGAAAUAGAAUAUGGAAAUUUAUUAUUUUAUCAACAACAGUGUUGUAAGCAAGUUAAAACGUUAUCAGUACCAAAUACCUUAGUUUCUUUUAUACCAUGUAAAUCAUACGAUUUACAAGAAUAUACAACACCUUAUCCAUGGAUCAGUAUUUUAGAUUAUGGUCAACAAAAUAGAACCUCCUUUGCGUUGCCAUACACCAACGAUAAUUCAUUUUAUGUUGGUAAUAGUGAACCAAUUCUUCAAGAAUGGGGCUUAAGAAAAAUUUUAACAAUUUUAAAUAGACCACAAAAUAAUUUAUUAAACAAUAAUAAUAUAAAUAAUAAUAAUAAUAAUAAUAAUAAUAAUAAUAAUAAUAAUAAUAAUAAUAAUAAUAAUAAUAAUAAUAAUAAUAAUAAUAAUAAUAAUAACAAAAGUAAUAAUACAUCAACAGGCAGUGGUAAUAGUUUAAACAAUUUAAAUAAUCAAGAUUUAUAUGGUAAGUUAUCAUUUGAAUAUCAAUGCCCAACAGGUCACAGGUUUAUUGAGAAAAAGAAAAGUAGAAAAUUCUUUAUUGAAAUGGUUAAGGAUAAUCACCUUUUACAAUUCUUCUUCCAAAAACCAAUUAUGGAGGAAUGUAAACAUUCAGAUUGUCAAUACUAUUCUCAACUAGCAAAGGUAUAUAUCAACUCACCAAUCAACGAUCUAUCUAUAAACAUUUGUGUCGAAAUAUCUCAACACGAAAAGCAACUAUCAGAUAAAUGGAAUUUUACAAUCGAUAAAUAUAUACCUUUAGAAAAAGAUCAUUUAUAUACAAUCAGAUUACCAUUUGUAUUUGAAUAUAAUUCAAUGCCUGUUAUAUUAAAAUCACCCCAAACAAGUAGUUUCUUUUUAAAUAUUAAAAUUGGUUUAUAAAAAAUUGAAUAAAAUAAAUAUGGUUAAACUAAAGAUAUUUCCUUUUUUUUUUUUUUAAUUUUGAUCAUUAUAAAAUUUUUAAUGAACAACACAAAAUCAAAUCAAUUAAUCAUUCAAAUUCGAAGCCCACACUCAAACAUUUAAUAUUUCUAAAAAUAAAUAUUUAAAUUUAAUUUUUUUAAGAGGAAAUUUAAAAUUGUUUUGGAGAUUCAUUGCUUUUAUCAUAAAAAACAAUAUGAUUAUAAUAAUAGACAUGUUUUGUUGCAUAAAAAAAAAAAUAAAAAAAAAUAAAAAAAUAAAAAAAUAAAAAAAAAUAAAAAUUUUAUU